AUGUCCGAGAAGGGGCCCUCCGCUAUCGAGGCGCCUGUGACGCGCCAUAUCCCAUACUGGCGCAUUGUCUCCGACCAGGGCGCUGUGACGCAAGAUGUCAUCGAUCACCCAUACCCUGGCUCGGGAACGGAGGAGGACCCGUACUCCAUCACCUGGAUCCCCGACGACCCGCGCAAUCCCAUGCAAUUCAGCCCGAUGAAGAAGUGGUCUAUCACGAUGAUGGUGGCUAUCGCAACCCUGGCCGUUGCCUUGGUGUCGUCCGCCUAUACAGGCGGUGUUGCGGAAAUCGAAAAGGAGUUCGGCAUUGGCAGUGAGGUCGCGACCCUCGGUGUCUCUCUUUUCGUCUUGGGUUUCGCAGUUGGUCCCCUGCUCUGGGCUCCUCUUAGUGAAAUGUUCGGCCGACAGGUCGUCUUCUUCGGUACCUAUUUGGCCCUGACUGCCUUCAACUCUGGCAGCGCUGGUGCCCAGAACAUCUGGACUCUGAUCAUUCUUCGUUUCUUCGCCGGUUCUUUCGGUGCCUCGCCCUUCACUAACGCGGGUGGUGUCAUCGCCGAUAUGUUCUCUGCUAAGGAGCGCGGUGUUGCCAUGAGUUUGUUCGCGGCUGCUCCUUUCCUCGGCCCCGUCCUCGGUCCGAUUAUCGGUGGAUUCCUCGGAAUGAACGCUGGAUGGCGCUGGGUGAUGGGUUUCCUGGGUGCCUUUUCCGGCUUCGUUUGGAUCCUCGGAUCUCUUCUGGUUCCCGAAACCUACGCCCCGGUGCUUCUGCGUCGCCGUGCCGAAAGGCUUUCCGAGCUCACCGGUAAAGUGUACAAGAGCAAGCUCGACAUCGACCAGGGCAGAACCACUCUCGGGGCGGCCUUCAAGACUGCUCUGUCGCGUCCCUGGGUUCUGCUGUUCAAGGAGCCCAUCGUUUUCCUGCUCAGUCUGUACAUGGCCAUCGUGUACGGCACACUUUACAUGCUGUUUGCCGCCUACCCCAUCGUUUUCCAGGUGUACCGUGGCUGGAACCAGGGCAUCGGAAGUCUGCCGUUCUUGGGCAUCAUGAUUGGUAUGAUGGCUGCGGUGGCCUAUAGUAUUAUGGACAACAAGCGUUACGUCAAGACUGAAGCGAACCACGGCGGAUUUGCUCCCCCGGAGGCUCGUUUGCCGCCGUGCUUGAUCGCGUCCAUUGCUAUUCCUGUGGGUCUGUUCUGGUUCGCCUGGACCAACUAUCCUUCUAUCCACUGGAUGGCCAGUAUUGCCGCCGGUGCUCCGUUCGGAUUUGGCAUGGUGCUGGUGUUCUUGAGCAUCAUGAGUUACCUGAUCGACACCUACACCAUCUUCGCCGCCUCGGUUCUGGCCGCCAACUCCGUGCUGCGUUCGGUCUUCGGCGCCGUCUUCCCUCUUUUCACCACCUACAUGUACCAGGAUCUGGGUAUCCACUGGGCCUCGUCUAUCCCGGCUUUCCUGGCCCUUGCCUGCGUGCCGUUCCCCUUCUUGUUCUACAAGUACGGCCCCGCUAUCCGAACUCGCUGCAAGUAUGCCGCCGAGUCGGACGCGUUUAUGCGCAAGAUGCUGCAGCAGGUCAAGCAGGACCCCGAGCCCGAGACCGAGACCGAAGCGCUGAAGGACGAAGAGGCCUACGAUCGCCGGGAGGCGCCCGCCCUCGAUGUUUCCGACGACAGCGAAUCCGACUCCCACGUUGAUGAUCUUCCCAAUAUCCACCAGACCCGCAGCAGGGCGUCGACCGUCCGCACGGUUGCCUCUCAGACCAACAAGUCGAUCUACGAGGCGAACCCCUACGAUGUUGACCGGGUCAACACUCGGGAAUCUUUCAAAUAG